AUGGGCGGCUUCAUGCUGGAAAGCCCUGACUAUACACCAUUCCCGGUCGAUGCGCACCAAAUUUAUUAUCUAGUCACCAACAAAUUCAUGGUGUUGCCUGAAAUAGACAGAAAAAGUAUUUGGGAAAAGAAUAAGGCAGACGGAUUUGCUCGUCUUCUCACCUCAAUCCAGGUGUGCUGGUUUGCUCUUCAGUGCCUGGGGCGACCUAUACAGCAUCUACCAAUCUCGACAAAGGAACUUUCCACUCUGGCGUUCGUAUUCUGCACCCUACCCACAUUCUUCUGGUGGCGCCAUAAGCCACUCGACGCUACUACGACUAUUCCUCUCCGGCUAAAGGACCAGAUUCAGAUCAAAGACAUACUUCAGUCUGCAGACGCCCAAAAAGGUGCACCUUCCAGAUUCACUCCUUUUGACUUUGUCAAUCCACAACCCUACCGAUUCGACUUCUAA